UCAAGGUGUUGGCUGGGUUAGCGAUCUCAUCUGAGGCUCCGUGUGUGUCCUUUCCCAAGUUCAGUGGUUGUUGCCAGAAUUCAGUUACUUGCAUUUGUAGGAUUAAGGUGCCCACUUUCUUGUUGGCUGUCACCCAGGAGCCUUUCUCAGCUCCUAGAGUCCACCUGCCAUUUCCUGCCAUAUGGCAGUUUGCUCCUUCAAGGUGAACAGGACAGCUGUGCUGUGGCUUCAAAUCUCUUAGAUUCUGUCUCUGACCUCUAGCCCUGAUUUAAAGGGCUAGAGUGAUAAGAUGAAGCCCACCAGGAUAAAUCACCUCUUUUUGACUGCCUUAAAGUUAAUUGAUUAGGGACUUUAAUUACAUCCUUGUCAUAUAAGCUAACCUAAUUACAGGAGUGAUGCUCUAUCAUAUUCACAGUCGUGUUUUCUUUUAAGGGGAGAAAUGUAUACAGGAUGUGUACACCGUAGGGUACAAAUCUUGGGAUACAUCUUAGAAUUGGGCCUCUCACAGCCAGCCAUAAGAACUGUCCAAGUAAGCAAUAGAGGUAUUAAUAUGGCCUUUUAUAAUCAGUACAGAUUGUUUGAAAAUGUGAGAUGUCCAUGGUUGGCCACUAAUAACAUUCGUUUCACGGCAAACAUAUGUUCAAGUAGGAGAGAUGGUGAUAUAGGCAGAAAAAUCAAAUGAUGCUAAACAAAAGAAAACCGUCCUUGAUUUUGAAAGAAUUCAACUUGCUAUAUAUCUUUUGCCUAAGCCUUCAGUCAGCCUUUGCUCUACAUCUACCAAUGUGAUCACUGCUUUUCCUUCUGACUUCUUUAGGUGGGUCAAGAGUUUGCUUUUCUCCCCAUUCAUGAGUGUAAAGUUUAAUGCCUAACUGAACUUGCUUCCUUCUUUGACUCUUGUGUAGACUUGGGCACAUGGGGCAACUUUUUUUGUGUUUUGCUCUACCAGGUCAUCCCUAUUCCGUGGGACUAGUGUCUAGCCCCAUUUCUUCAGCAGUGGAGCCUAGGAUGUAGAGCUGCAUACUACCAUUAGGAGGCGCACCCUCAGGCCUCGGCUCCGCGUUCUUUAUGUCUCUGGACCGCUCUCUCUCGCAGCUCAUCUCUAUGGUUUCCGUUGUGUGUAUGGUUUUUUUUUUUUGGUCCGGAAUAGGCGGAGCUUCCGGUUCCGGUGGGGGCCGUCCCUGGCGGCGGAGAUGGCGGCGACAGCGGCGGAGGCUGUGGCCUCUGGCUCUGGAGAGCCCCGGGAGGAGGCUGGAGCCCUCGGCCCCGCCUGGGAUGAAUCCCAGUUGCGCAGUUAUAGCUUCCCGACUAGGCCCAUUCCGCGUCUGAGUCAGAGCGACCCCCGGGCUGAGGAGCUUAUUGAGAAUGAGGAGCCUGUGGUGCUGACCGACACAAAUCUUGUGUAUCCUGCCCUGAAAUGGGACCUUGAAUACCUGCAAGAGAAUAUUGGCAGUGGAGACUUCUCUGUGUACAGUGCCAGCACCCACAAGUUCUUGUACUAUGAUGAGAAGAAGAUGGCCAAUUUCCAGAACUUUAAGCCGAGGUCCAACAGGGAAGAAAUGAAAUUUCAUGAGUUCGUUGAGAAACUGCAGGAUAUACAGCAGCGAGGAGGGGAAGAGAGGUUGUAUCUGCAGCAAACGCUCAAUGACACUGUGGGCAGGAAGAUUGUCAUGGACUUCUUGGGUUUUAACUGGAACUGGAUUAAUAAGCAACAGGGAAAGCGUGGCUGGGGGCAGCUUACCUCUAACCUGCUGCUCAUUGGCAUGGAAGGAAAUGUGACACCUGCUCACUAUGAUGAGCAGCAGAACUUUUUUGCUCAGAUAAAAGGUUACAAACGAUGCAUCUUAUUCCCUCCGGAUCAGUUCGAGUGCCUCUACCCAUACCCUGUUCAUCACCCAUGUGACAGACAGAGCCAGGUGGACUUUGACAAUCCCGACUACGAGAGGUUCCCUAAUUUCCAAAAUGUGGUUGGUUACGAAACAGUGGUUGGCCCUGGUGAUGUUCUUUAUAUCCCAAUGUACUGGUGGCAUCACAUAGAGUCAUUACUAAAUGGGGGGAUUACCAUCACUGUGAACUUCUGGUAUAAGGGGGCUCCCACCCCUAAGAGAAUUGAAUAUCCUCUCAAAGCUCAUCAGAAAGUGGCCAUAAUGAGAAACAUUGAGAAGAUGCUUGGAGAGGCCUUGGGGAACCCACAAGAGGUGGGGCCCUUGUUGAACACAAUGAUCAAGGGCCGAUACAACUAGCCUGCCAGGGGUCAAGGCCUCCUGCCAGGUGACUGCUAUCCCGUCCACACCGCUUCAUUGAUGAGGACAGGAGACUCCAAGCGCUAGUAUUGCACGCUGCACUUAAUGGACUGGACUCUUGCCAUGGCCCAGGAGGCAGGUGUUUGGAGCGAGGCAGGGCAGUUGGCACUCCACUCCUAUUUGGAGGGACUUCAUACCCUUGCCUCUUGUGCCCCAGCACCUUCUCUCUCUGCCCCCCGCCUAAAGUCCUGCAUUCAGUGUGUGGAGUCCCAGCUUUUGGUUGUCAUCAUGUCUGUAUGUAUGUUAGUCUGUCAACUUUGGAAUGUGUGCGUGUGUGUGCAUGCACACGCAUGUGUGUAUCUGUUCCCUGUUCCUUCUGGGUCAGGCUGUCACUUCCGGCUCUCAGCCCUAUCUCCUGCAACCUCAGUGCCUCAGCCUGAGAGAGAGAUGAGAUGCUCUUGGACUCCCCACUGCAUCUGGGCUGCAGGGCCAGAGCUAGUCUGAUCAUUAGGUCAGUCUGCCUCCUGACAGUUUUUGCGUAGUCAAGCUCUAGGCGGUAUGGGAAUGGCUACUGGGACUCUAAUGGGGUGAAAGAGAGGGGAGGCUUGCCUUUGAGAGCCUAGAUAGCCUUCCUGUGAGAGAGGAUUAGAUAGGGUUCCAACUGGGCCUACAAGCUCAAGCCAUACAUAAAAGGACCUUGGGACAUAAGAACCAAUGAUUGUGCAUAAGUUCCAAAUUAGAGACACAUACAGUUUCUCUCUUUCAGCACCAGCUCUUGCCCCUAUGCUGGGUACCAAGGGAGUUCUCCUAGCUGUGGCUUCUCUAGGUUCUAGGGGUGCAAGCCUCUGUGUGUUUGUGUGUGUGUGUCUGUGUGUGCGUAUCCACACUAGGGGUGCAAGCCUCUGUGUGUGUGUGUGUGUGUGUGUGUGUGUGUGUGUGUGUGUGUGUGUGUAUCCACACUGGCCAGCCUCCCUACUUACCAAGGUUCUCCACUGCUUACCUUUUCCAGUGGGACAGUACAGUGUGAGCCCCCGGGAAGUACUGCCUGACCUAUCCUAAGCUUUUACACUUGGAUUUUAGCCAUCAUAUGUUGGCCAGGUCUCACUGCAGUCUGCCCGAGGCUAACUGGCUAGAGCCUCCAGGCCCUAUGAUGCUCCCUGCCCAGGCCAUAUCCUUUAUUCCUGCUGAGCUUCCUGGCUGAGUAGAUGAAAUGGGGUCAAGCCCAGGCAGCUCAUUCACCUACCUGUGAUCCACCUCAGGGCACGGGCAAACACAUAGGCUUGCGUCUUAAAGCCAGCUUGUCUGCCAGACCCCGUUGUAAUGUGCCACAACACCCUCAAUAGUCAGGGCAACUGGUAGAGCAUGGAAGUCGAAUUUCCUUUUCUGUUAGGAGCUACUCAUGGGAACCCCUCUCAGGGCUGCAGCUUACAGGUGGGCAGCUGUGAUUGCACAACUUGAAGGGCCAUCAUUCACAUCUAUUCAGUGGGAGUGGGGUCCCUGGGAUUGGGCAAUGUGGUGGCCCUGUGUCUCCUCACCUCUGCUCCUGUCUUCAUCACCUUCUCUCUGGAAGGGAAGAGGAGUUGGAAGGUCUCUGGUUUUCUUUUCUUUUUUUUUUUUUUUUUUGCCAAAGGUUUACUUCCAGCAUCUGAGCUCUGGCUCUCACCCUCGAAGCUCAGUUAUAGUGCACUGAUGAACUGAGAGGAUGCGUGUGGAUGUGUGUGCAUGCCUGAGUGCGUUUUUUGGGGAGGGGUGUUUAUUUUUAAUACCCCAUUCUGGGGUUCUCUGAUGCAGUGUGGAUGUGAAGACAUGGUACCUUCUCAAGUGUAGCUCUUUCAAAUAUAGUCAAUGCUGGGAAAUGUGA